CACGCCGCCCCAUUCUCCCGCUUUCCAUGAGCCCGCCCCAUUCUCCCGCUUUCCAUCACCCCGCCCCAUCCCUCCUUUCAUCACCCCGCCCCAUUCUCCCGCUUUCCAUCACCCCGCCCCAUUCUCCCGCUUUCCAUCACCCUGCCCCAUUCUCCCACUUUCCAUCACCCCGCCCCAUUCUCCCGCUUUCCAUCACCUCGCCCCAUUCUCCCGCUUUCCAUCACCCCGCCCCAUUCUCCCGCUUUCCAUCACCGCGCUCCAUUCUCCCGCUUUCCAUCACCCCGCCCCAUUCUCCCGCUUUCCAUCACCCCGCCCUAUUCUCCCGCUUUCCAUCACCCCGCCCCAUUCUCCCGCUUUCCAUCACCCCGCCCCAUUCUCCCGCUUUCCAUCACCCCGCCCCAUUCUCCCGCUUUCCAUCACCCCGCCCCAUUCUCCCGGUUUCCAGCACCCCGCCCCAUUCUCCCGCUUUCCAGAACCCCGCCCCAUUCUCCCGCUUUCCAUCACCCCGCCCCACUCUCCCGCUUUCCAUCACCCCGCCCCAUUCUCCCGCUUUCCAUCACCCCGCCCCAUUCUCCCGCUAUCCAUCACCCCGCCCCAUUCUCCCGCUUUCCAUCACCCCGCCCCAUUCUCCCGCUUUCCAUCAUCCCGCCCCAUUCUCCCGCUUUCCAUCACCCCGCCCCAUUCUCCCGCUUUCCAUCACCCCGCCCCACUCUCCCGCUUUCCAUCACCCCGCCCCAUUCUCCCGCUUUCCAUCACCCCGCCCCAUUCUCCCGCUAUCCAUCACCCCGCCCCAUUCUCCCGCUUUCCAUCACCCCGCCCCAUUCUCCCGCUUUCCAUCACCCCGCCCCAUUCUCCCGCUUUCCAUCACCCCGCCCCAUUCUCCCGCUUUCCAUCACCCCGCCCCAUUCUACCGGUUUCCAGCACCCCGCCCCAUUCUCCCGCUUUCCAUCAACCCGCCCCAUUCUCCCGCUUUCCAUCACCCCGCCCCAUUCUCCCGCUUUCCAUCACCCCGCCCCAUUCUCCCGCUUUCCACAACCCCGCCCCAUUCUCCCGCUAUCCAUCACCCCGCCCCAUUCUCCCGCUUUCCAUCACCUCGCCUCAUUCUCCCGCUUUCCAUCACCCCGCCCAAUUCUCCCGCUUUCCAUCACCCCGCCCAAUUCUCCCACUUUCCAUCACCCCGCCCCAUUCUCCCGCUUUCCAUCAUCCCUCCCCAUUCUCCCUCCUUCCAUCACCCCGCCCCAUUCUCCCGAUAUCCAUCAACCCGCCCCAUUCUCCCGCUUUCCAUCACCCCGCCCCAUUCUCCCGCUUUCCAUUACCUCGCCCCAUUCUCCCGCUUUCCAUCACCCCGCCCCAUUCUCCCGCAUUCCAUCACCCCACCCCAUUCUCCCGCUUUCCAUCACCCCGCCCUAUUCUCCCGCAUUCCAUCACCCCGCCCCAUUCUCCCGCUUUCCAUCACCCCGCUCCAUUCUCCCGCUUUCCAUCACCCCGCCCCAUUCUCCCAUUUUCCAUCACCCCGCCCCAUUCUUCCACUUUCCACAACCCCGCCCCAUUCUCCCGCUUUCCAUGAACCCGCCCCAUUCUCCCGCUUUCCAUCACCCCGCCCCAUUCUCCCGCUUUCCAUCACCCCGCCCCAUUCUCCCGCUUUCCAUCACCCCGCCCCAUUCUCCUGCUUUCCAUCACCCCGCCCCAUUCUCCCGUUUUCCAUCACCCCGCCCCAUUCUCCCGCUUUCCAUCACCCCGCCCCAUUCUCCCGUUUUCCAUCACCCCGCCCCAUUCUCCCGCUUUCCAUCACCCCGCCCCAUUCUCCCGCUUUCCAUCACCCCGCCCCAUUCUCCCGCUUUCCAUCACCCCGCCCCAUUCUCCCGCUUUCCAUCACCCCGCCCCAUUCUCCCACUUUCCAUCACCCUACCCCAUUCUCACGCUUUCCAACACCCCGCCCCAUUCUCACGCUUUCCAUCACCCCGCCCCAUUCUCCCUCCUUUCAUCAACCCGCCCCAUCCUUCCGCUUUCCAUCACCCCGCCCCGUUCUACCGCAUUCUAUCACCCCGCCCCAUUCUCCCGCUUUCCAUCACCCCGCCCCAUUCUCCCGCUUUCCAUCACCGCGCCCCAUUCUCCCGCUUUCCAUCACCCCUCCCCAUUCUCCCGCUUUCCAUCACCCCACCCCAUUCUCCGGCUUUCCAUCACCCCGCCCCAUUCUCCCGCUUUCCAUCACCCCGCCCCAUUCUCCUGCUUUCCAUCACCCCGCCCAAUUUUCACGCUUUCCAUCACCCCGCCCCAUUCUCCCUCCUUCCAUCACCCCGCCCCAUUCUCCCGCUUUCCAUCACCCCGCCCCAUUCUCCCGCUUUCCAUCACCCCGCCCCAUUCUCCCGCUUUCCAUCACCCCGCCCGAUUCUCCCGUUUUCCAUCACCCCACCCCAUUCUUCCACUUUCCAGCACGCCGCCCCAUUCUCCCGCUUUCCAUGAGCCCGCCCCAUUCUCCCGCUUUCCAUCACCCCGCCCCAUCCCUCCUUUCAUCACCCCGCCCCAUUCUCCCGCUUUCCAUCACCCCGCCCCAUUCUCCCGCUUUCCAUCACCCUGCCCCAUUCUCCCACUUUCCAUCACCCCGCCCCAUUCUCCCGCUUUCCAUCACCUCGCCCCAUUCUCCCGCUUUCCAUCACCCCGCCCCAUUCUCCCGCUUUCCAUCACCGCGCUCCAUUCUCCCGCUUUCCAUCACCCCUCCCCAUUCUCCCGCUUUCCAUCACCCCGCCCCAUUCUCCCGCUUUCCAUCACCCCGCCCUAUUCUCCCGCCUUCCAUCACCCCACCUCAUUCUCCCGCUUUCAAUCACCCCGCCCCAUUCUCCCGCUUUCCAUCACCCCACCCCAUUCUCCCGCUUUCCAUCACCCUGCCCCAUUUUCCCUCCUUCCAUCACCCCGCCCCAUUCUCCCGCUUUCCAACACCCCGCCCCAUUCUCCCGCUUUUCAUCACCCCGCCCCAUUCUCCCGCUUUCCAUCACCCCGCCCUAUUCUCCCUCCUUCCAUCACCCCCCAUUCUCCCUCCUUCCAUCACCCCGCCCCAUCCUUCUGCUUUCCAUCACCCCGCCCCAUUCUCCCGCAUUCCAUCACCCCGCCCCAUUCUCCCGCUUUCCAUCACCCCGCCCCAUUCUCCCGGUUUCCAUCGCCCCGCCCCAUUUUCCCGCUUUCCAUCACCCCGCCCCAUUCUCCCGCAUUCCAUCACCCCACCCCAUUCUCCCGCUUUCCAUCACCCCGCCCUAUUCUCCCGCAUUCCAUCACCCCGCCCCAUUCUCCCGCUUUCCAUCACCCCGCCCCAUUCUCCCGCUUUCCAUCACCCCGCCCCAUUCUCCCAUUUUCCAUCACCCCGCCCCAUUCUUCCACUUUCCAGCACCCCGCCCCAUUCUCCCGCUUUCCAUGAACCCGCCCCAUUCCCCCGCUUUCCAUCACCCCGCCCCAUUCUCCCGCUUUCCAUCACCCCGCCCCAUUCUCCCGCUUUCCAUCACCCCGCCCCAUUCUCCUGCUUUCCAUCACCCCGCCCCAUUCUCCCGUUUUCCAUCACCCCGCCCCAUUCUCCCGCUUUCCAUCACCCCGCCCCAUUCUCCCGCUUUCCAUCACCCCGCCCCAUUCUCCCGCUUUCCAUCACCCCGCCCCAUUCUCCCGCUUUCCAUCACCCCGCCCCAUUCUCCCACUUUCCAUCACCCUACCCCAUUCUCACGCUUUCCAACACCCCGCCCCAUUCUCACGCUUUCCAUCACCCCGCCCCAUUCUCCCUCCUUUCAUCAACCCGCCCCAUCCUUCCGCUUUCCAUCACCCCGCCCCAUUCUACCGCAUUCUAUCACCCCGCCCCAUUCUCCCGCUUUCCAUCACCCCGCCCCAUUCUCCCGUUUUCCAUCAACGCGCCCCAUUCUCCCGCUUUCCAUCACCCCUCCCCAUUCUCCCGCUUUCCAUCACCCCACCCCAUUCUCCGGCUCUCCAUCACCCCGCCCCAUUCUCCCGCUUUCCAUCACCCCGCCCCAUUCUCCUGCUUUCCAUCACCCCGCCCAAUUCUCACGCUUUCCAUCACCCCGCCCCAUUCUCCCUCCUUCCAUCACCCCGCCCCAUUCUCCCGCUUUCCAUCACCCCGCCCCAUUCUCCCGCUUUCCAUCACCCCGCCCCAUUCUCCCGCUUUCCAUCACCCCGCCCGAUUCUCCCGUUUUCCAUCACCCCGCCCCAUUCUUCCACUUUCCAGCACGCCGCCCCAUUCUCCCGCUUUCCAUGAGCCCGCCCCAUUCUCCCGCUUUCCAUCACCCCGCCCCAUCCCUCCUUUCAUCACCCCGCCCCAUUCUCCCGCUUUCCAUCACCCCGCCCCAUUCUCCCGCUUUCCAUCACCCUGCCCCAUUCUCCCGCCUUCCAUCACCCCGCCCCAUUCUCCCGCUUUCCAUCACCUCGCCCCAUUCUCCCGCUUUCCAUCACCCCGCCCCAUUCUCCCGCUUUCCAUCACCGCGCUCCAUUCUCCCGCUUUCCAUCACCCCUCCCCAUUCUCCCGCUUUCCAUCACCCCACCCCAUUAUCCCGCUUUCCAUCACCCCGCCCUAUUCUCCCGCCUUCCAUCACCCCACCCCAUUCUCCCGCUUUCAAUCACCCCGCCCCAUUCUCCCGCUUUCCAUCACCCCACCCCAUUCUCCCGCUUUCCAUCACCCUGCCCCAUUUUCCCUCCUUCCAUCACCCCGCCCCAUUCUCCCGCUUUCCAACACCCCGCCCCAUUCUCCCGCUUUUCAUCACCCCGCCCCAUUCUCCCGCUUUCCAUCACCCCGCCCUAUUCUCCCUCCUUCCAUCACCCCCCAUUCUCCCUCCUUCCAUCACCCCGCCCCAUCCUUCUGCUUUCCAUCACCCCGCCCCAUUCUCCCGCUUUCCAUCGCCCCGCCCCAUUUUCCCGCUUUCCAUCACCCCACCCCAUUCUCCCGCUUUCCAUCACCCCGCCCCAUUCUCCCGGUUUCCAGAACCCCGCCCCAUUCUCCCGCUUUCCAUCACCCCGCCUUCCAUCACCCCGCCCCAUUCUACCCCUUUCCAUCACCCCGCCCCAUUCUCCCGCUUUCCUUCACACCGCCCCAUUCUCCCGCUUUCCAUCACCCCACCCCAUUCUCCCGCUUUCCAUCACCCCGCCCCAUUCUCCCGCUUUCCAUCACCCCGCCCCCUUCUCCCGCUUUCCAUCACCCCGCCCCGUUCUCCCGCUUUCCAUCACCCCGCCCCAUUCUCCCGCUUUCCAUCACCCCGCCCCUUUCUCCCGCUUUCCAUCACCCCGCCCCAUUCUCCCUCCUUCCAUCACCCUGCCCCAUUCUCCCGCCUUCCACCACCCCGCCCCAUUCUCCCUCCUUCCAUCACCCCCUCCUUCCAUCACCCUGCCCCAUUCUCCCGCUUUCCAUCACCCCGCCCCAUUCUCCCGCUUUCCAUCACCCCGCCCCAUUCUCCCACUUUCCAUCACCCUGCCCCAUUCUCCCGCUUUCCAUCACCCCGCCCUAUUCUCCCGCUUUCCAUCACCCCGCCCCAUUCUCCCGCUUUCCAUCACCCCGCCCCAUUCUCCCGCUUUCCAUCACCCCGCCCCAUUCUCCCGCUUUCCAUCACCCCGCCCCAUUCUCCCGCUUUCCAUCACCCCGCCCCAUUCUCCCGCUUUCCAUCACCCCGCCCCACUUUCCAUCACCCUGCCCCAUUCUCACGCUUUCCAUCACCCCGCCCCAUUCUCCCGCUUUCCAUCACCCCGCCCCAUUCUCCCUCCUUCCAUCACCCCGCCCCAUUCUCCCACCUUCCAUCACCCCGCCCCAUCCUUCCGCUUUCCAUCACCCCGCCCCGUUCUACCGCAUUCCAUCACCCCGCCCCAUCUCCCGCUUUCCAUCACCCCGCCCCAUUCUCCCGCUUUCCAUCACCCCGCCCCAUUCUCCCGCUUUCCAUCAUCGCGCCCCAUUCUCCCGCUUUCCAUCACCCCUCCCCAUUAUCCCGCUUUCCAUCACCCCACCCCAUUCUCCCGCUUUCCAUCACCCCGCCCCAUUCUCCCGCUUUCCAUCACCCCGCCCCAUUCUCCUGCUUUCCAUCACCCCGCCCAAUUCUCACGCUUUCCAUCACCCCGCCCCAUUCUCCCUCCUUCCAUCACCCCGCCCCAUUCUCCCGCUUUCCAUCACCCCGCCCCAUUCUCCCGCUUUCCAUCACCCCGCCCCAUUCUCCCGCUUUCCAUCACCCCGCCCCAUUCUCCCGCUUUCCAUCACCCCGCCCCAUUCUCCCUCCUUCCAUCACCCCGCCCCAUUCUCCCUCCUUCCAUCACCCCGCCCCAUUCUCCCGCUUUUCAUCACCCCGCCCCAUUCUCCCGCCUUCCAUCACCCCGCCCCAUUCUCCCGCCUUCCAUCACCCCACCCCAUUCUCCCGCUUUCAAUCACCCCGCCCCAUUCUCACGCUUUCCAUCACCCCACCCCAUUCUCCCGCUUUCCAUCACCCUGCCCCAUUUUCCCUCCUUCCAUCACCCCGCCCCAUUCUCCCGCUUUCCAUCACCCCGCCCCAUUCUCCCGCUUUUCAUCACCCCGCCCCAUUCUCCCGCUUUCCAUCACCCCGCCCCAUUCUCCCUCCUUCCAUUACCCCCCAUUCUCCCUCCUUCCAUCACCCCGUCCCAUCCUUCCGCUUUCCAUCACCCCGCCCCAUUCUCCCGCAUUCCAUCACCCCGCCCCAUUCUCCCGCUUUCCAUCACCCUGCCCCAUUCUCCCGGUUUCCAUCGCCCCGCCCCAUUUUCCCGCUUUCCAUCACCCCACCCCAUUCUCCCGCUUUCCAUCACCCCUCCCCAUUCUCCCGGUUUCCAGAACCCCGCCCCAUUCUCCCGCUUUCCAUCACCCCGCCUUCCAUCACCCUGCCCCAUACUACCCCUUUCCAUCACCCCGCCCCAUUCUCCCGCUUUCCUUCACCCCGCCCCAUUCUCCCGCUUUCCAUCACCCCGCCCCAUUCUCCCGUUUUCCAUCAACGCGCCCCAUUCUCCCGCUUUCCAUCACCCCUCCCCAUUCUCCCGCUUUCCAUCACCCCACCCCAUUCUCCGGCUUUCCAUCACCCCGCCCCAUUCUCCCGCUUUCCAUCACCCCGCCCCAUUCUCCUGCUUUCCAUCACCCCGCCCAAUUCUCACGCUUUCCAUCACCCCGCCCCAUUCUCCCUCCUUCCAUCACCCCGCCCCAUUCUCCCGCUUUCCAUCACCCCGCCCCAUUCUCCCGCUUUCCAUCACCCCGCCCCAUUCUCCCGCUUUCCAUCACCCCGCCCGAUUCUCCCGUUUUCCAUCACCCCGCCCCAUUCUUCCACUUUCCAGCACGCCGCCCCAUUCUCCCGCUUUCCAUCACCCCGCCCCAUCCCUCCUUUCAUCACCCCGCCCCAUUCUCCCGCUUUCCAUCACCCCGCCCCAUUCUCCCGCUUUCCAUCACCCUGCCCCAUUCUCCCGCCUUCCAUCACCCCGCCCCAUUCUCCCGCUUUCCAUCACCUCGCCCCAUUCUCCCGCUUUCCAUCACCCCGCCCCAUUCUCCCGCUUUCCAUCACCGCGCUCCAUUCUCCCGCUUUCCAUCACCCCUCCCCAUUCUCCCGCUUUCCAUCACCCCACCCCAUUCUCCCGCUUUCCAUCACCCCGCCCUAUUCUCCCGCCUUCCAUCACCCCACCCCAUUCUCCCGCUUUCAAUCACCCCGCCCCAUUCUCCCGCUUUCCAUCACCCCACCCCAUUCUCCCGCUUUCCAUCACCCUGCCCCAUUUUCCCUCCUUCCAUCACCCCGCCCCAUUCUCCCGCUUUCCAACACCCCGCCCCAUUCUCCCGCUUUUCAUCACCCCGCCCCAUUCUCCCGCUUUCCAUCACCCCGCCCUAUUCUCCCUCCUUCCAUCACCCCCCAUUCUCCCUCCUUCCAUCACCCCGCCCCAUCCUUCUGCUUUCCAUCACCCCGCCCCAUUCUCCCGCUUUCCAUCGCCCCGCCCCAUUUUCCCGCUUUCCAUCACCCCACCCCAUUCUCCCGCUUUCCAUCACCCCGCCCCAUUCUCCCGGUUUCCAGAACCCCGCCCCAUUCUCCCGCUUUCCAUCACCCCGCCUUCCAUCACCCCGCCCCAUUCUACCCCUUUCCAUCACCCCGCCCCAUUCUCCCGCUUUCCUUCACACCGCCCCAUUCUCCCGCUUUCCAUCACCCCACCCCAUUCUCCCGCUUUCCAUCACCCCGCCCCAUUCUCCCGCUUUCCAUCACCCCGCCCCCUUCUCCCGCUUUCCAUCACCCCGCCCCGUUCUCCCGCUUUCCAUCACCCCGCCCCAUUCUCCCGCUUUCCAUCACCCCGCCCCUUUCUCCCGCUUUCCAUCACCCCGCCCCAUUCUCCCUCCUUCCAUCACCCUGCCCCAUUCUCCCGCCUUCCACCACCCCGCCCCAUUCUCCCUCCUUCCAUCACCCCCUCCUUCCAUCACCCUGCCCCAUUCUCCCGCUUUCCAUCACCCCGCCCCAUUCUCCCGCUUUCCAUCACCCCGCCCCAUUCUCCCACUUUCCAUCACCCUGCCCCAUUCUCCCGCUUUCCAUCACCCCGCCCUAUUCUCCCGCUUUCCAUCACCCCGCCCCAUUCUCCCGCUUUCCAUCACCCCGCCCCAUUCUCCCGCUUUCCAUCACCCCGCCCCAUUCUCCCGCUUUCCAUCACCCCGCCCCAUUCUCCCGCUUUCCAUCACCCCGCCCCAUUCUCCCGCUUUCCAUCACCCCGCCCCACUUUCCAUCACCCUGCCCCAUUCUCACGCUUUCCAUCACCCCGCCCCAUUCUCCCGCUUUCCAUCACCCCGCCCCAUUCUCCCUCCUUCCAUCACCCCGCCCCAUUCUCCCACCUUCCAUCACCCCGCCCCAUCCUUCCGCUUUCCAUCACCCCGCCCCGUUCUACCGCAUUCCAUCACCCCGCCCCAUCUCCCGCUUUCCAUCACCCCGCCCCAUUCUCCCGCUUUCCAUCACCCCGCCCCAUUCUCCCGCUUUCCAUCAUCGCGCCCCAUUCUCCCGCUUUCCAUCACCCCUCCCCAUUAUCCCGCUUUCCAUCACCCCACCCCAUUCUCCCGCUUUCCAUCACCCCGCCCCAUUCUCCCGCUUUCCAUCACCCCGCCCCAUUCUCCUGCUUUCCAUCACCCCGCCCAAUUCUCACGCUUUCCAUCACCCCGCCCCAUUCUCCCUCCUUCCAUCACCCCGCCCCAUUCUCCCGCUUUCCAUCACCCCGCCCCAUUCUCCCGCUUUCCAUCACCCCGCCCCAUUCUCCCGCUUUCCAUCACCCCGCCCCAUUCUCCCGCUUUCCAUCACCCCGCCCCAUUCUCCCUCCUUCCAUCACCCCGCCCCAUUCUCCCUCCUUCCAUCACCCCGCCCCAUUCUCCCGCUUUUCAUCACCCCGCCCCAUUCUCCCGCCUUCCAUCACCCCGCCCCAUUCUCCCGCCUUCCAUCACCCCACCCCAUUCUCCCGCUUUCAAUCACCCCGCCCCAUUCUCACGCUUUCCAUCACCCCACCCCAUUCUCCCGCUUUCCAUCACCCUGCCCCAUUUUCCCUCCUUCCAUCACCCCGCCCCAUUCUCCCGCUUUCCAUCACCCCGCCCCAUUCUCCCGCUUUUCAUCACCCCGCCCCAUUCUCCCGCUUUCCAUCACCCCGCCCCAUUCUCCCUCCUUCCAUUACCCCCCAUUCUCCCUCCUUCCAUCACCCCGUCCCAUCCUUCCGCUUUCCAUCACCCCGCCCCAUUCUCCCGCAUUCCAUCACCCCGCCCCAUUCUCCCGCUUUCCAUCACCCUGCCCCAUUCUCCCGGUUUCCAUCGCCCCGCCCCAUUUUCCCGCUUUCCAUCACCCCACCCCAUUCUCCCGCUUUCCAUCACCCCUCCCCAUUCUCCCGGUUUCCAGAACCCCGCCCCAUUCUCCCGCUUUCCAUCACCCCGCCUUCCAUCACCCUGCCCCAUUCUACCCCUUUCCAUCACCCCGCCCCAUUCUCCCGCUUUCCUUCACCCCGCCCCAUUCUCCCGCUUUCCAUCACCCCACCCCAUUCUCACGCUUUCCAUCACCCCGCCCCAUUCUCCCUCCUUCCAUCACCCCGCCCCAUUCUCCCGCUUUCCAUCACCCGCCCCAUUCUCCCGCUUUCCAUCACCCCGCCCCAUUCUCCCGCUUUCCAUCACCCCGCCCCGUUCUCCUGCUUUCCAUCACCCCGCCCCAUUCUCCCGCUUUCCAUCACCCCGCCCCUUUCUCCCGCUUUCCAUCACCCCGCCCCAUUCUCCCUCCUUCCAUCACCCCGCCCCAUUCUCCCGCCUUCCAUCACCCCGCCCCAUUCUCCCUCCUUCCAUCACCCCCUCCUUCCAUCAACCUGCCCCAUUCUCCUGCUUUCCAUCACCCCGCCCCAUUCUCCCGCUUUCCAUCACCCCGCCCCAUUCUCCCGCUUUCCAUCACCCUACCCCAUUCUCCCACUUUCCAUCACCCCGCCCCAUUCUCCCGCUUUCCAUCACCCCGCCCCAUUCUCCCGCAUUCCAUCACCCCGCCCCAUUCUCCCGCUUUCCAUCACCCCGCCCCACUCUCCCGCUUUCCAUCACCCCGCCCCGUUCUCCCGCUUUCCAUCACCUGGCCCCAUUCUCCCGCUUUCCAUCACCCCGCCCCAUUCUCCUGCUUUCCAGCACCCCGCCCUAUUCUCCCGCUUUCCAUCACCUUGCCCCAUUCUCCUGCUUUCCAUCACCUCGCCCCAUUCUCCCGCUUUCCAUCACCCCGCCCCGUUCUCCCGCUUUCCAUCACCCCGCCCCGUUCUCCCGCUUUCCAUCACCCCGCCCCGUUCUCCCGAUUUCCAUCACCCCGCCCCAUUCUCCGUCCUUCCAUCACCCCCUCCUUCCAUCACCCUGCCCCAUUCUCCCGCUUUCCAUCACCCCGCCCCAUUCUCCCUCCUUCCAUCACCCUCUCCUUCCAUCACCCUGCCCCAUUCUCCCGCUUUCCAUCACCACGGCCGAAUUCAUAGGCGCCGAACUUUUCUUUGCGCAAGAACCAAGCCGAAAAGGCUCUAAUAGGUGUAUUUGA